CGUGUCCUGCAGGAUGGAAGAUGUUCAGCUGUUCCUGUUAUCUCCUCUCUCAAGAGUCUGGUUCCUGGAACAAAAGCAGGGAGGACUGCAGAAGCAAAGGAGCAGAUCUGGUGGUGAUAAACAGCGCUGAAGAACAGACGUUUCUCUCUGAGGUCGCCUCUACAAACACCUGGAUUGGGUUGAAUGACAUCCAAACAGAAGGGACCUGGAUGUGGGUGGACGGAACUCCUCUGACUCUGAGGUAA